UUUCUCAUCUGCCUGUCUUCUUUUGAGUUAUGUCCGCAUUUCCAUACACGUAUCCUUGAUGUUUCAAGUGUCCCUCUUCAGACAGGGAUUUCACAAAAGGUGUGGGGGUUACUAAAUCACUCUAUACUUAAUGCUAUGUUCUGUGUCUUAUAAUUCUUCCACGGGCUUGCUGAUAAACCUUGCAUGUUAAAAUACAGAAUUAAGUCUGUAUAAGUAUUAUGUUCUUUGAGACUGGACCAUAUGAAGGACUAUGCCUCAAUUUAGAAUUCUUAAAAAAAUUUCAUAGGUCCUUACAAACAGCAAACUUCUUCAUUUUCACUACAUAUUGAAACACUAAGCUAGACACUUUCAUAACCAUUUCUUAUUGACAUAUUUUUUAUUCCUUCUAGGAGCAACAGCUUCUCUUGCUCUGUUAUUUGGAAGGAUGUUUUAUCACAACAGGAGCGUUUUUCACCCAAGCACGUUUUUCCUCAUUGGAAUCCCAGGUCUGGAAGAGGGCCAUGCCUGGAUCUCCCUGCCUUUCUGCUCCGUCUACCUCGUGGCUUUACUGGGCAACGCCACAAUUCUGCUGGUCGUCAAGACGCAGCAGGCCCUCCGGGAACCCAUGUUCUGCUUUCUGGCCAUCCUUUCAACAAUUGACUUGGCCCUCUCGACAACCUCUGUGCCCCGCAUGCUGGCUAUCUUCUGGCUGGACGCGCAUGAGAUUCACUUCGGAGCUUGUGUGGCCCAGAUGUUCCUGAUCCACGCUUUCACCGGCAUGGAGGCCGAGGUCCUACUGGCCAUGGCCUUCGACCGUUACGUGGCCAUCUGUGCUCCACUCCACUACACCACCAUCCUGACACCCCGAGCUCUGGGGGGCAUCAGUUUGUGCAUUGUACUCCGUCCAGUUCUGCUUACACUUCCCAUGAUCUAUCUCAUCUACCGCCUACCAUUCUGUCAGGCUCACGUAAUACCUCAUUCCUACUGCGAGCACAUGGGCAUCGCCAAACUGUCCUGUGGAAACAUCCGUAUCAACGGUAUCUACGGGCUCUUUGUGGUCUCUCUCUUUCUCCUGAACCUAGUCCUUGUCGGCAUCUCCUAUGUGCACAUUCUCCGUGCGGUCUUCCGCCUCCCCUCCCAAGAAGCACGGCUGAAGGCCCUAAGCACGUGUGGUUCUCAUGUUGGGGUCAUCUGUGUUUUCUAUAUCCCCUCGGUCUUCUCUUUCCUCACGCACCGAUUUGGACACAACGUCCCACGCUAUGUGCACAUUCUGGUUGCCAACCUCUAUUUGGUGGUCCCACCCUCCCUCAACCCCAUCAUUUACGGGGUGCGGACCAAACAGAUACGAGAGCCAGUGCUCCGUGUCUUUGUUAAAAGGUAAGGACUUGGCUUGUAAUGGUUCUAGCCACAUCAAUCAGACAAACGAAGGAAAUAAAAGGCACCCAAAUAGGAAUAGAAGAGGUAAAACUGGCACUCUGUGCCGAUGACAUGAUACUGUGUAUAGAAAAC